ACAUAUGUCACAGAUAUAUUCCUAGCUCAGAGUUGGCGGGAUCCAAGGUUACGACUACCGGAAAAUAUGAGUGAGGAAUAUAGAAUACUAGACGUAGAAUGGCUCCACAGUAUUUGGAGACCAGAUUGUUUCUUCAAGAAUGCCAAAAGUGUUACCUUUCAUGAGAUGACUAUACCGAAUCACUACCUGUGGCUGUACCAUGAUAAAACUCUACUAUACAUGUCCAAGUUAACACUGGUACUAUCUUGUGCUAUGAAAUUCGAGACUUACCCACACGAUACUCAAAUUUGCACAAUGAUGAUCGAAAGUCUAUCGCACACGGAUCAUGACCUGGUGUUCAUUUGGAACAUGACGGAUCCUUUGGUGGUCAAUCCAGAAAUUGAACUGCCGCAAUUGGAUAUUUCCAAUAAUUACACAACAGAUUGCACCAUUGAGUAUUCCACAGGCAACUUCACGUGUUUGGCCAUAGUCUUCAAUUUGAGAAGAAGACUGGGAUAUCACUUAUUCCACACAUAUAUACCUUCAGCUUUGAUCGUGGUGAUGUCUUGGAUUUCUUUCUGGAUCAAACCAGAAGCAAUACCUGCACGGGUUACUCUCGGUGUUACGUCCUUGUUGACGCUAG